CGCGGCCGCGCUAGAAUGGAGGCACCCAGCGGCAGCGGCCACAGCGGUGAUGGGGCUGGGGACAGCGCCCACCCGGAGCCCCCGGCCCCCGGCGCCGCAGCACCCAGCUCCGGUCCCGGCCCGUGCGCGGCCGCCCGGGAGUCGGAGCGCCAACUGCGCCUCCGCCUCUGCGUCCUCAACGAGAUCUUGGGCACAGAGAGGGACUACGUGGGCACCUUGCGCUUCUUGCAGUCGGCCUUCCUGCAUCGCAUCCGGCAGAAUGUGGCGGACUCGGCGGAGAAAGGCAUCACGGAGGAGAACGUCAAGAUCCUGUUCUCUAACAUCGAAGACAUCCUAGAAGUUCAUAAGGAUUUCUUGGCCGCCUUGGAAUAUUGUUUACAUCCAGAACCUCAGUCUCAGCAUGAACUUGGAAACGUUUUCUUAAAAUUCAAGGACAAGUUCUGUGUGUACGAGGAAUACUGCAGCAACCACGAGAAGGCCCUUCGGCUGCUGGUGGAGCUGAACAAGAUCCCCACUGUGCGUGCCUUCCUCUUGAGCUGCAUGCUUCUGGGAGGCCGGAAGACCACAGACAUCCCUUUGGAAGGCUACCUGCUGUCUCCAAUUCAGAGGAUCUGCAAGUACCCACUCCUGCUCAAGGAGCUGGCCAAGAGGACCCCUGGCAAGCACCCAGACCACCCCGCGGUCCAGAGCGCUCUGCAGGCCAUGAAGACCGUCUGCUCCAACAUCAACGAGACCAAACGGCAGAUGGAGAAGUUGGAGGCCCUGGAGCAGCUACAGUCCCACAUCGAAGGCUGGGAGGGCUCCAACCUCACGGACAUCUGCACCCAGCUCCUCCUGCAGGGGACUUUGUUGAAAAUCUCUGCAGGCAACAUCCAGGAGAGAGCCUUCUUCCUCUUUGACAACCUCCUUGUCUACUGCAAGCGGAAAUCCAGGGUCACCGGGAGCAAGAAAUCAACCAAGAGGACCAAAUCCAUCAAUGGCUCCCUCUACAUCUUCAGGGGUCGAAUCAACACAGAAGUCAUGGAGGUGGAGAACGUGGAAGAUGGGACAGCGGAUUACCACAGCAAUGGCUACACUGUUACCAAUGGCUGGAAGAUCCACAACACGGCUAAGAACAAGUGGUUUGUCUGCAUGGCCAAGACGGCGGAGGAGAAGCAGAAGUGGUUGGAUGCCAUCAUCCGUGAGCGGGAGCAGCGUGAGAGCCUGAAGCUAGGCAUGGAGCGGGACGCCUACGUCAUGAUUUCAGAGAAGGGGGAGAAGCUUUACCACAUGAUGAUGAGCAAGAAGGUGAACCUGAUCAAGGACCGCCGGAGGAAGCUGAGCACCGUGCCUAAGUGCUUCUUCGGCAAUGAGUUUGUUGCCUGGCUCCUGGAAAUUGGUGAGAUCAGCAAGACAGAAGAAGGGGUCAACUUGGGCCAGGCCUUGCUGGAGAAUGGGAUUAUCCAUCACGUCUCUGACAAGCACCAGUUCAAGAACGAGCAGGUGAUGUACCGCUUCCGCUAUGACGAUGGCACCUAUAAGGCCCGGAGUGAGCUGGAGGACAUCAUGUCCAAGGGUGUGAGGCUCUACUGCCGUCUUCACAGCCUAUACACCCCGGUGAUCAAGGACCGAGAUCACCACCUAAAGACCUACAAGUCGGUGCUUCCUGGGAGCAAGCUGGUGGACUGGCUGCUGGCGCAGGGAGACUGCCAGACACGGGAGGAGGCGGUGGCGCUUGGUGUGGGACUGUGUAACAACGGCUUCAUGCACCACGUGUUGGAGAAGAGCGAGUUCAAGGACGAGUCCCAGUACUUCCGCUUUCAUGCUGACGAGGAGAUGGAGGGAACCAGCAACAAGAACAAACAGCUUCGCAAUGACUUCAAGCUGGUGGAGAACAUCCUGGCCAAGCGCCUGCUGAUCUUGCCCCAGGAGGAGGACUAUGGCUUCGAGAUCGAGGAGAAGAACAAGGCGGUGGUGGUGAAGUCGGUCCAGAGAGGCUCGCUGGCCGAGAUGGCAGGCCUGCAGGUGGGGAGGAAGAUCUACUCCAUCAAUGAGGACCUGGUAUUCCUGCGGCCCAUCUCGGAGGUGGAGUCCAUCCUCAACCAGUCCUUCUGCUCCCGUCGCCCACUGCGCCUCCUGGUGGCCACCAAGGCCAAAGAGGUCAUCAAAGUCCCUGACCAGCCAGAGGCUCUGUGCUUCCAGAUCCGAGGGGCUACCCCGCCACAUGUCUACGCUGUGGGCAGAGGUUCAGAGGCUGCGGCUGCAGGGCUCUGUGCUGGCCAGUGCAUCCUGAAGGUCAAUGGCAACAACGUGAUGAACGAAGGUGCCCUGGAUGUCCUGGAGCACUUCCAGGCAUUUCGGAGUCGGCGAGAAGAGGCCCUGGGCCUAUACCAGUGGAUCUACCACACCCAUGAGGAUGCCCAGGAGGCGCGAGCCAGCCAGGAGGCCCCCGGUGAGGACCCUAGUGGUGAGGGGUCCAGAGAGGAAGACCAGCCCGACUCAGCCUUCCCUCUGCAGUCCCUGGGUUCCCAGCUGACCCUCCACGAGGACAGCCCCAUGGUCAGCCUGACAGUGGACAAUGUGCACCUGGAGCAUGGCGUGGUCUACGAGUAUGUGAGCACGGCGGGCGUCAAGUGCCAUGUGCUGGAGAAGAUUGUGGAGCCCCGCGGCUGUUUCGGCCUCGCCGCCAAGAUCCUUGAGGCCUUUGCUGCCGAGGACAGUGUCUUUGUGCAGAACUGUGGGCGGCUCAUGGCCCUGAGCAGUGUCAUCAUGACCAUGCCCCACUAUGAGUUCCGCAACAUCUGUGACACCAAGCUGGAGAGCAUCACCCAGAGGAUCGCCUGCUACCAGGAGUUUGCAGCCCAGCUAAAGAGCAGAGUCAGCCCACCCUUCAAGCAAGCAUCCCUGGAACCCCACUUGCUGUGUGGACUGGAUUUCUGCCCCACCAACUGCCACAUCAACCUCAUGGAAGUGUCCUACCCCAAGACCACCCCCUCGAUUGGCAGGUCCUUCAGCAUCCGCUUUGGCCGCAAACCCUCCCUCAUUGGCCUUGACCCAGAGCAAGGCCACCUGAACCCCAUGUCCUACACCCAGCACUGCAUCACCACCAUGGCUGCGCCAUCCUGGAAGUGUCUGUCUGCUACAGACGGGGACCCCCAAGGCCAGGGUCUUAAUGACAGCAGCUUUGGGCUGACCAAUGGAGCCCUUGGCCAGGAGGACCGGGGGCUGAGCUUCCUGCUGAAGCAGGAAGAUCGUGAGAUCCAGGAUGCCUACCUGCAGCUCUUUACUAAACUGGAUGUGGCCCUGAAGGAGAUGAAGCAGUACGUCACCCAGAUCAACAGGCUGCUGUCCACCAUCACAGAGCCCACCUUGGGUGGGUCCUGCGAUCCACCUUUGGCCGAGGAGGCCUCGUCCUCCCCACUGGUCAGUGAAGAGAAUGAGAUGGACAGGGCGGACCAUGGUGGCAUCAAGAAAGUGUGCUUCAAGGUGUCUGAGGAAGAUCAGGAGGACUCGGGCCAUGACACCAUGAGCUACCGUGACUCCUACAGUGAGUGCAACAGUAACCGGGACUCUGUCCUUUCCUACACCAGUGUGAGAAGUAACAGCUCCUACUUGGGCAGCGACGAGAUGGGGUCUGGGGACGAGCUGCCCUGUGACAUGCGGAUCUCUUCGGACAAGCAGGACAAGCUUCACGGUUGCCUGGAGCAUCUCUUUAACCAGGUGGACUCCAUCAAUGCACUCCUCAAGGGGCCAGUCAUGAGCAGGGCAUUUGAAGAGACCAAGCAUUUCCCCAUGGACCACAGCUUGCAAGAGUUCAAACAGAAAGAAGAGUAUACAAUUCGUGGCCGGAGCUUAAUCCAGAUCAGCAUUCAGGAAGAUCCCUGGAACCUCCCCAACUCCAUCAAGACCCUGGUGGACAACAUUCAGAGAUACGUGGAAGAUGGAAAGAACCAGCUACUCCUGGCCUUGCUGAAGUGCACAGAUGUUGAGCUGCAGCUGCGCAGAGACGCCAUCUUCUGCCAGGCCCUGGUGGCGGCUGUGUGCACCUUCUCCGAGCAGCUCCUGGCGGCCCUGAGCUACCGCUACAACAAUAAUGGCGAGUACGAGGAGAGCAGCCGCGACGCCAGCCGCAAGUGGCUGGAGCAGGUGGCGGCCACGGGUGUCCUGCUGCACUGCCAGUCCUUGCUCUCGCCAGCCACCGUGAAGGAGGAACGGACCAUGCUGGAGGAUCUUUGGGAGGCCUUGUCGGAGCUAGACAAUGUUGCCUUCUCCUUUAAGCAGCUGGACGAGAACUACGUGGCCAACACCAAUGUCUUCUACCACAUCGAGGGCAGCCGGCAGGCGCUGAAGGUCGUCUUCUACCUCGACAGCUACCACUUCUCCAAGCUGCCUUCCCGCCUGGAGAGCGGGGCCAGCCUGAGGCUGCACACAGUUCUCUUCACGAAAGCUCUAGAGAAUGUGGAGGCACUGACUCCUCCAGGCAGCAUGGCCUCAGAGGAUUUGCAGCAGGAGAUCAACGCUCAGUCCCUGGAGAAGGUUCAGCAGUAUUACCGCAAACUCAGGGCAUUUUACCUGGAGCGGUCUAACCUGCCUACAGACACCAGCACCACCGCAGUGAAGAUAGACCAGCUGAUCCGCCCCAUCAACGCCCUGGAUGAGCUCUGCCGCCUCAUGAAGUCCCUCAUCCACCCCAAACCUGGUACCAGUGGGAGCUUGGGCGCCAGCCUCAUCCCCAUUUCCUCUGAGCUCUGCUACCGCCUGGGGGCCUGCCAGAUCGCCAUGUGCAGCACGGGCAUGCAGAGUCUGCCAUCAUCCCCACAGGAGCACCCUGAGCGUCUCCUUGGAGCAGGCAGCCAUCUUGGCACGGAGCCACGGGCUCCUGCCCAAGUGCAUCAUGCAGGCCACAGACAUCAUGCGGAAGCAGGGCCCCAGGGUGGAGAUUCUGGCCAAAAACCUCCGGGUCAAGGAUCAGAUGCCCCAGGGUGCACCGCGUCUCUACUGCCUCUGCCAGCCGCCGGUGGAUGGAGACCUGUGAACCCCUAGCUGCCCUGCACUGGGCUGUGUCCUCUGGAGCUGAGAUUUGGCAGGAUAGAACAGUCACGCGGCCUUCUCGGGAGAUGGCUGAGGCCUCUGCUCCCAUUGCCCUGGGAGCUGCCCAGCCUCCUUCCCCGCCUCCAUGAGGACGAACCUGUGCCCAACUCGGGGAUGUUUGGCCCUCGGCUGGCAUGUGCUCCCCACUUCUGCCAGAAGCCCGAGGGGUGCUGGGCACCCACAGAGCUGAAGGGUACAGCCAACGCUCCUGCCCACAAGCCCCCAGGACAUGGGGUGAACUCAUGGGGUGAAACAGCUGUAGCUCUGCAGACACUGCUCUCGGGCUGAUCAACCUGCACUUUUUGAAGCCACUGGUUUCCUUCCAUGUCCACAUUCCAGGCACCCCGUCUCCUCACCUUAGCUUCCAGAUUGACCCCUAACCCUGUACUAACCUGCUUGGUGGAACCGGAAGAGCCGGGCCUCUCUGGGAGCGACUUGAGAGACAGGGGAGGACACAACACUUGGUCCCGAGAGGGCACAAGAAAGCCACACCAGCUUCCGACAUUGUCAUCAUUGGAACAGGAGCCACUCAGCUCCGGGAGCCAGAAUUGCUCCGACUUUAUUUAUAGGGCGUGAAAUCGCUGUGGUUUAUUUGGAAAUUUUUUUGUUGUUGUCGUUGGUGUUGUCAAGGUCUUUUUUUGUUUUUGUUUUUUUUUUUCUGGGUUGUGUGAUUAUGUAUUUGACAUUUUAAAUUUCAAAGAAAGUUAUAUUGUCUAACAAGGGACCAAAAUAAGAUAGUAUUGACAACUUUUUCCAUUUCUACUAAAAGGAAAGAAAAACUAAAUUAUUGAAAAUUCAAAAAAUGUCAGUAUUUCAUCUUUUUUUAAUAUUAAGGUCUUAAGGUAUUGCUGACAGGUAUCGACUGAGCCCCUUUCCCACCCACCCUUAGCGCUCCGGCACUUGGUGAUAUUAGAAUGAAUUACUUCGGUCUCUUUAAAGGACUGGCUACAAAGGUUUGAGAGGUGGUCAGGCCAGGGGGCCUGGCCAGCAUGGGGGAAGGGGGGAUUUGAACCACCCACCUGAAUUGCUUUAGCUUCACCCCACACAGGUGUCUGUCACACAGGCGGAAGGGGGUCACUGGGAAACACCAGUCUGUGGCUUGUAUAAUUUAUUAUUUUGACGAUAGCUUCUCAGAGCAGGGCAUUUGGGACUUCUCAGCCAGCCAGGGACACAAGAAGUUACUGUGUCCGCCUUCUGGGUGGUGGACCCACACGGGGACCCCUUAGCAGUGUGCCCCCUCCAGCUUCUGUGUGUCUACAGGGACAUGCCAUACCUGAGGAGGAAGGGAGGGGGAUCUUGCCGCCUCUGGUUGGUGGGUGCUGUCAGGCAAGGGUCCAGGGGACUUGAAGCCCUUGGUAUCUUGGCUCCCAGGGACCGCCUUCCCUCUUUUGCCACUGUGCACUGGAUUGCAAGAGGCGGCCUUGUUGCUGGACACACGUGACCAAUAUAAGCAAGGACCUGCCCCACUGCAGGAAACGGAGUGGCCCCCGAGGGCCAGGGCGCUGUGCACUGGUUUACUUUAAAAUGUACAGGUUCUCCUCUUUAAAUCCAUGAUAGAUUUUUUAUUAUUAUUAUUAAAAGUCAGUUUAUAAUACAAAGAA